AUGGAUUUGCUUCGCAACCGAAUGGUCGCCGUCACCACUCUCUCCACCAUUGCCUUCACUGUCAAUGAAGUGGUCGACCAGUUUGCUCUACAGUACUGGUCGUCGAAGCCUGACGGGCCGCCACAUCAGCAUGGGCCUCUAUCUCCAAUCGAAACAAAGAUUGCCGUUUCUGUCCUCAAAGAGAAGCAAAACCAAUUGCUGUCCACACCUGUGGCCUCUAAUUUGGCCGCCAAUGAGACCUCAAACACCACCACACCUUCCCCUCCAACUCAACCCAAUCCCCUCCAACCCAAUGCCACUCAUAAUUUCUAUAAACUGACCAGGAUAGCUUAG